AUGGUUAGACGGAUUCUAGUAUUUGGUGCCACUGGCAACCAAGGCGGUGCCGUGGCUCGACUCCUCUUCCAGCACCCGAGAAGCUACAGUGUGCGAGCUGUGACUCGCAAUCCCAGUUCACAUGCGGCUAGAGCCAUCGAAGCGCAGGGUGCCGAGGUCAUCAAGGCUGACUUGACCGUCCCAUCGAGCCUUCCACCAGCAUUCGAAGGAUGCUGGGGCGUUUUUGGGGUCACCAACUUUUACGACUCGAACAUCAAAGAUGACCCCAGCAGUGAGGAGCAGCAGGGCAAGAACCUCGUGGAUGCGGCUGCUGCUGCCGGGACGGUCGAGUGUCUUGUUUGGUCGACCCUGCCGAGCUCCAAGCAGAUAUCGGGCGGCCGUUUUGUCAGCCAGAUCUAUGAGGGCAAGCACCAUGUCGACGACCAUAUCCGACAGCGCAACUUCCCAGCCUGUUUCCUCUACACGGGAAAUUUCUAUGAAAGUGCGUACAGCUUGUUCCCGGCCGGCAAGGCGAGCAGGUGGCUGAUUAACACUGAUGAAGAUAUGAUCCUGCGCUCGCACAUGAGAUACGACCCCGCCAUCUCAGACACUAUAGAGUUUCAGCAGCCUAUUGUCGAAGCCGACACACAACUUGCCAUGCUUUUCGUAGAGAAGGACCUCUCGGCCAUUGCAAAGGCGGUUUUUGACCAGUGGGACUCCAAGAAAGACCAGCUCAUUCACACGUAUCUGUACUGCUGUAAUGCUAGGGUUUCCCCGAACGAAAUUGUGGCCUGUGUGGAGAGGAUCACAGGGAAGCCCACGAUUUACAAGAAGCUAGAGUCAACAGGAUGGAGAGAUAGGGAUAUAAUGUUCCAACUGUACAACGAAUGUGGUAUGUACAGUGGCAAGGAAAUCCCCGACCAGAAUGUCUUGGCUCUCGGGGUGGACUUACACGGCGUCGAGCAUUUUGUGCGGAGCCGACUACUUCCUCAUCUGGGGCUGGCCGCCAUCGGAAACUGA